GAGGGAUCUGGCAAAUUACUAGGUGCAGGUAGAGAGGCAGCUGAGGCACUGAAGAGAGGGCAGAUUAAAACCAGAGUCAACAACAAACAAGUGAAAAGACUUCUGACUUCACUGGACUGAAACUAAAUACAGCUGUUUCCUCCGCCCAGAAGAUGAACCAUUAACUCUGGGUUGGAUUUUAAAAAGCCAGGGUAUAAAUAAGCAUCCUCCUCCUCCUGUCUUCUUCUUCUCUGGUGGAGACAUGGGGAAAGGAAUCUACCUGAGCAAAGGGUUGGCAGUGACCUGUGUGGUGGUCGGCGCCGCUGCUGUGGCCACCAUCAUAGCCCUGUCUGUGGUCUACGCUCAGGAGAAGUCGAAGAAUGAAGCUACAUCUCCUGACCCAACCUCAGCCCCCACCACGCUCCCCACCACGCCCUCCACCCCCAAGGAGCCCUGGCAGCGCUACAGACUCCCAGACUCCCUCGCCCCCAUCUCCUACAAUGUGACCCUGUGGCCUCGACUGGAGCCCAACGCACAAGGCCUCUACAUCUUCCUCGGAAACUCCACAGUCAUCUUCAAAUGUGAAAAGGAAACAGAUCUCAUCCUCAUCCACUCUAACAAGCUGAACCUCACCAUGUUUGAUGGACACCACGCCGUGCUGACGGGCCUAGACGGAGCCACUGCGCCUGCUCUGAAAAAAACCUGGCUGGAGGUUCCUACACAGUACCUGGUGGUGCAGCUGAUGAGUCCGCUGAAGGCUGGUAGCACAUACGAACUCUCCACUGAGUUUGUAGGAGAGCUGGCUGAUGACCUGGGAGGAUUCUAUAGGAGUGAAUACCUCGAAGAUGGAGUAAAAAAAGUUGUGGCUACAACUCAAAUGCAGCCGACGGAUGCCAGGAAGGCCUUCCCCUGCUUCGAUGAGCCCGCCAUGAAAGCUGUCUUCCACAUGACUCUGCUGCACCCGCACGGGACUGUGGCUCUGUCCAACGGCAUGGACCACGCGCCUGUAAAUGUCACGUUGGAUGGCAUGGAUGUAGUCCAGACCAGCUUUGAACCCACAGAGAUCAUGUCCACCUACCUGCUGGCUUUCGUUGUGUGUGAUUUUGGGUUCAUUGGGAAAACAGAAGCAGAUGUUCUGAUCAGGAUCUGGGCCCGUAAGAAGGCAAUCCAGGAGGGUCAAGGAGACUAUGCUCUGGAGAAGACUGGACCCAUCCUGGCUUUCUUUGAGGAUUAUUACAACUCCACCUAUCCUCUCAGCAAAUCAGACCAGAUUGCUCUUCCUGACUUCAGUGCUGGAGCCAUGGAGAACUGGGGCCUGAUCACAUACAGAGAGACCGCCCUCUUAUACAACUCCAACGUUUCGUCCAAUGGAGACAAGGAGUGGGUGGCAACAGUCAUCUCACAUGAGCUCGCUCACAUGUGGUUUGGAAACUUGGUGACAACGAGGUGGUGGAACGACCUGUGGCUCAAUGAAGGGUUUGCCACCUACGUCUCUUAUCUUGGGGCCAACUUUGCUGAACCAAAGUGGAACAUGAAAGAUCUGAUCGUGCUGAAUGAGAUCAUUGGUGUGAUGGGUGUCGAUGCGUUGGCCUCCUCCCAUCCUCUCUCAUCCAAAGAGGAGGACAUCCAGAAACCAGAGGACAUCAGUCAGCUGUUCGACUCCAUCACAUACAGCAAGGGAGCUGCAGUCCUCAGGAUGCUCUCAGAGUUUAUCACUGAGGAGGUCUUCUCCAAAGGUCUUAAUACGUACUUGGAGGAGUUCAAAUAUAGGAACACUGUCUAUACAGAUCUCUGGAAACACCUGCAAAUGGCUGUGGAUGGAGCUGGCAUAAAGCUGCCUCACUCUUUAGAGGAGAUCAUGAACCGCUGGAUCCUGCAGAUGGGAUUCCCAGUUGUCACCAUUGACACCAAGGCUGGAAAAAUCAGCCAGAAGCACUUCCUGUUGGACCCAGACAGUCCAGUGGAUAAACCUUCUCCAUAUAACUAUGAAUGGUUUGUCCCUCUUACAUGGAUUAAAACUGGUGGAGAGGAACAGCAGUUCUGGCUUCUUCAGAAAGAAGAUACAAACACAGAAAUGACUCUCGGUCCAGAUGACUGGUUGGUGGCCAACAUCAACAUGAAGGGUUUCUACAGAGUCAACUACGACUCUGAAAACUGGGAGCGUCUCCUCGCCAAGCUCAACACCAAACAUGAGGAUAUCCCAGUGAUCAACCGAGCUCAGAUAAUUGAUGAUGCUUUUAACCUUGCAAGGGCAAAGAUAGUGAGCACAACCCUGGCUCUAGGAACCACCAAGUUCCUAGGUAAAGAAGUUGAAUACAUGCCAUGGGAGACAGCCAGUCGCAGUCUGAACUACUUCUACCUCAUGUUUGACCGCAGUGAUGUGUACGGACCCAUGCAGGCUUACAUCAAGAAACAAGUCACUCCUCUGUUUAAUCACUUCAAAAAUCUGACUGACGACUGGAAAGAUAUCCCAGAAAAACACACCGACCAGUAUAACCAGGUGAAUGCGAUCUCCAUGGCCUGCAGCACAGGAGUGAGCGGCUGUAAGGAGCUGACCACCGGAUGGUUCAAAGAGUGGAUGGAAAACCCAGGAACCAACAACAUUAGUCCCAACCUGAAGUCCACAGUCUACUGCAGUGCGAUCGCAGCUGGAGGAGUGGAGGAGUGGGACUUUGCCUGGUCCAUGUACAAGGCGGCCACCAUCGCCUCAGAGGCUGAUAAACUCAUGUACGCUCUGUCCUGCACCAAACAGCCCUGGCUGCUCAACAGAUAUCUGGAAUAUUGUCUGGAUCCGGAGAAGAUCCGGAAGCAGGAUGCCACUUACACCAUCAAUUACAUUGCUGGAAAUGCCAUCGGCCAGCCUCUGGCAUGGGACUUUAUCAGAGCCAACUGGAAACUUUUAUACAAUGAUUAUGGCGGUGGAUCAUUUUCUUUUGGAAGAAUAAUUGAUGGAGUGACCAGACGAUUCUCCUCUGAGUUUGAGUACAAACAGCUGCUGCAGUUUAAAGAAGACAACGCGGGUAACUUUGGCUCGGCCUCUGUGGCUCUUGAGCAGGCUCUGGAGAGGACCAAGGCCAACAUAAAAUGGGUAGAAAUGAACAAGAAACCAGUGCUGGACUGGUUCACCAGUGAAACAUCUUCUCCAGUUUAACUCUGCACUGCAAGGUUUUAUGCUUCACUCCAUCUGAGACUAAAUUUAUUAUUAUUAUUAUAAAUUUUCUGAAUGUAAUAAAGCUUUUAUAACAUGUAAAGUUUUGAUUAAGACUUUUUAUGAAUAA